AUGUGCCAUGGAUGCGGGAUGAGCAUGUGCAUCGUGUGGGAUACCGAAGUAUCUGAAUAUUUUAUACCAGGCCUGUGCAUUACAAGAAAACUCUUUCCUGCCCUUAUUCUUUUUAUUGCAUGCACUACAUUAGCAGCAAAUCACAUAAAUGAAAUCACCAAAAACAAAUACAUUGUUGAUGUUGUGAGAUUCCUAGGCUCAUGGAUUCUUAUGAUGACAAUGAUGACAGGAAAUGGAUACAUUCUGUGUACAAUGCUUAUCUCUGUUAUUAUAAGCAGAAUAAUUCUGCAAAAGACAAAAAAGGAACGGUCCUUUGAGUGCUGUCAAUAA